AAAAACAGACUUUAAUAGGGUGUUGUCCGGCUUGAUGAGUUUUGUGACAACGCUAACGUAAUGAUCAAACAAUUUUAUUAAUUUUCUGACUGAUUCGGUUGUUUCUGUUUCUUGCUUUUGGUUGAAACAAUAAUGAAAUUAUGAUGAGUAAUUUUGUGUGUUAUUUAGUUGUGUUGCUUUGCUAUGGCACUUCAAAUCUAUAUGCAGACUCCGUAAGAUACUAUUUCGACUAUGAAUGCAACGAGCCACUGGUAGCAAAUGCUAAGUUGACCGCCACAUCCAGUCUCAGGGACAGAGGGCCAGAAAAUGCUAAACUGUAUGGUUUGAACGCGUGGACGGCGUCGGAGAACGACUUCGACCAGCAGUUCGUCAUCGACUUCGGGUCGGUGAAGAACAUCACUCGCAUCGCCACGCAGGGCCGUGCGCACUCGCGCGAGUAUGUGCAGGAAUACCGCAUCAGCUACGGGUCGAACGGACUCGAUUAUGUGCAGUACAAGGCGGCGGAAGGCGAAGUCAAGAUGUUCGAAGGCAAUCAGGACGGCAACACAGAACACAAGAACGAGUUCGAAGUGCCGAUCAUAGCGCAGUACUUACGCGUCAACCCCAUGCGAUGGCGCGACAAGAUUUCGAUGAGGGUGGAGGUCUAUGGAUGCGAUUAUGUCGCCGAUACCCUCUACUUCAACGGCACAUCGCUCAUCAAAGUCGACCUCCUCCGGGACCCUAUCUCAGCGUCACGAGAGGUGGUGCGGUUCCGAUUCAAGACCAGUACCGCGUCAGGGGCCUUGCUUUACUCUAGAGGCACGCAGGGCGACUAUAUUGCGUUGCAACUGAGAGAUAAUAGGCUGGUGCUGAAUAUAGACUUAGGUUCCGGCACCCCCACUUCAAUGGCGGUGGGCAGCCUCCUCGACGACAACAUCUGGCACGACGUGGUGAUCUCCCGCAACAGGAGGGAAGUCCUGUUCUCUGUCGACCGAGUGGUCGUGCAGGACCGCAUUAAGGGCGAGUUCUCGAGGCUUAAUUUGAAUCGCGCGUUCUACAUCGGCGGCGUGCCCAACUUCCAAGACGGCUUAGUGGUGACCCAGAACUUCACGGGCUGCAUCGAGAACUUGUACCUCAACGCCACCAACGUCAUCCAGCAGGUCAAGGGCGGGCUCGAGGCCGGCGAGCCCUUCAAGUACCAGAAGGUCAACACGCUCUACGCCUGCCCGGAGCCAAUAAUAGUACCCGUAACGUUCCUGAAGGAAGGCUCGUACGCGAAACUACGUGGGUAUUCCGGCGCCAACACGCUCAAUAUCUCGCUGGAGUUCCGCACCUACGAAAACCACGGCCUGCUCAUCUACCACAAGUUCAAGACCGAGGGCCACGUCAAGGUGUUCCUGGAAGAAGGCAAGAUCAAAGUGGAACUUGACACGCCAGGCGCGCCACGCGUGAAGCUUGACAACUACGCCGAUACCUUCAACGACGGCCGCUGGCGCGCGCUGUCGCUCACUAUGGGCCCUGACAGUCUUGUGCUAGCUGUGGACAAGCGGCCCGUGCGCACCACCAAGCGUCUGCGCUUCCUGACUGGCGGCACCUACUACAUCGCAGGCGGCAAGGCUCCGCCGCGCGGCUUCGUGGGCUGCAUGCGGCGCAUCGCGGUGGACGGCAACUACCGCCAGCCCACCGACUGGAAGAAGGACGAGUACUGCUGCCCCAACGAGGUCGUCUUCGACGCCUGCCAGAUGAUCGACAGGUGCAACCCGAACCCGUGCGAGCACAAUGGCGAGUGCACGCAGACGGCCGAGGAGUUCACGUGCGACUGCCACGGCACCGGCUACGCGGGCGCCGUCUGCCACACGUCGGUGCACCCCCUGUCGUGCCAGGCCUACAAGAACGUGAUGUCGGUGUCGCGCUCCGUGGACCUGCACAUCGACGUGGACGGCUCCGGCCCGCUGCCCGCCUUCCCCGUCACCUGCGAGUUCCUAUCGGACGGGCGCGUGCUGACGUCGGUCCGUCACGAGUCGCUGUCCAGCAGCGUGGUGGACGGGCACCAGGAGCCCGGCAGCUUCCGUCAGGACAUCACGUACGACGCCGACCGCGCACAGCUCGAGGCGCUACUCAACCGGAGUCGCUCCUGCUCGCAGCGCCUUGAAUACCGCUGCCGACACUCGCGCCUGCUCAAUUCGCCCAGCGACGAGAGCUCGUUCCACCCUUACGCGUGGUGGGUGUCGCGCACAGGGCAGCGCAUGGACUACUGGGCGGGCGCGCCGGCCGGCUCGCGCAUGUGUCGCUGCGGCGUGCUCGGCGCCUGCGUCGACAGCACCAAGUGGUGCAACUGCGACGCCGAGCACGCGCCGCUCAGCCCCGCAGAAUUCCAAUCCGACGGAGGGGACAUCACAGACAAAGAGUUCCUGCCAGUGAAGCAGCUUCGCUUCGGAGACACGGGCAGCCAUCUCGACGAGAAAGAGGGACGGUACACUCUCGGCCCGCUUUUGUGCGAAGGAGACGAUUUAUUCAGCAAUACAGUGACGUUCCGCGUAUCGGAUGCCAUCAUCUCCCUGCCGACUUUCGACCUGGGCCACAGUGGCGACAUCUACUUCGAGUUUAGGACCACUAAGGAGAAUGCUGUGCUGCUUCAUUCAAAGGGCCCGCAAGACUACAUAAAGCUGUCGAUCAUCGGCGGAGACCAGCUGCAGUUCCAGUUCCAAGUAGGAGACACACCGCUAGGCGUUUCCGUCGAGACCUCCAGCCGCCUCGCCGACAACAACUGGCACUCCGUCUCUAUCGAGCGAAACAGGAAAGAGGCACGAGUCGUAGUGGACGGCGCCCUAAAGAACGAGAUAAGAGCACCAGCCGACCCGGCGCGCGCUCUGCGACUGACAACGGCUUUAGUUCUGGGCGCGGCGCUGGACCGCAGCGGCGGCUUCGUGGGCUGUAUGCGGGCUCUGUUACUCAACGGACGACCCGUCGACCUGGCGGCCCACGCUCGCAGGGGUCUGUACGGCAUCUCGCUGGGCUGCGUGGGCAAGUGCGGCUCGUCGCCGUGCCUCAACAACGGCACGUGCCUGGAGGGCUACGACUCCUACUCCUGCGACUGCCGCUGGACCGCCUUCAAGGGGCCCAUCUGCGCCGACGAAAUCGGCGUGAACCUCCGGCCCAACUCCAUGGUGAAGUACGACUUCCUGGGCUCGUGGCGCUCUACCAUCGCCGAGAAGAUCCGCGUGGGCUUCACCACCACCAACCCCAAGGGAUUCCUGCUCGGCUUCUACUCGAAUAUAUCUGCCGAGUAUCUCACGCUCAUGGUGUCUAAUUCAGGUCAUUUGCGAGUGGUGUUCGACUUCGGCUUCGAGCGGCAGGAGAUCAUCUUCCAAGGCAAGCACUUCGGGCUCGGCCAGUACCACGACGUGCGGCUCUCGAGGAAGGACAGUGGCGCCACUAUGGUGUUACAGGUGGACAACUACGAGACGCAAGAAUACCGCUUCAACAUCAAGGAGUCUGCGGACGCGCAGUUCAACAACAUCCAGUACAUGUACGUCGGCCGCAACGAGUCCAUGGCCGAGGGCUUCGUGGGCUGCGUGUCCCGCGUCGAGUUCGACGACAUCUACCCGCUCAAGCUGCUGUUCCAGCAGGACCCGCCGCCCAACGUGCGAAGCCUCGGAGGCGGCGUAUUGCACGAAGACUUCUGCGGCGUGGAGCCGGUGACGCACCCGCCUGAGGCGGUGGAGACGCGCCCGCCGCCGCGGACCGACCUGCAGGCCGAGCGCGACUACCACAAGACCGACGAGGCCAUCCUCGGCACGGUGCUAGCAUUCAUCUUCCUGCUGCUGGUUAUUGUAGCCGUGGUGCUGGUGCGCGCAUUGUCACGACACAAGGGAGAAUAUCUCACGCAGGAGGAGCGCGGCGCAGACGGCGCGGCCGACCCCGACGCCGCGGCGCUGGCGGCCGCCACGGGACCGCGCGUCACCAAGCGACGCGAGUUCUUCAUCUAGCGGCCACACACCUACCUGCACCCUCCUAGGGUCGCACCACUAGUGAGCCAACACUCACUACUACACUGGUAGCUUAAAUACGACCCAU